AUGCUCGUCCUGGUGCUCUUCUUCUCGGUGGCCUACUUGCUGGAGGCAGCCGAGGAGCGCCGACAGCUCAAGCUACCUCCAGGCCCUCCAGCAUCGCUGCUUUUCGGAAGCAGACUGCCCGCUUUCGACAAGCACCCAUGGCUCGUCUUUGACGAGAUGAAGAAACAGUACGGACCAGUGAUCACGUUUGCAGAUGGUCCAUCCAAGCUCAUCUUUGUCGUGACUUCUCUCAAAGCUGCUCAGCAUAUACUGGCCGAAAAGGCUGCCAUUUCCGGAGAUCGACCUCGCAGCAUCUUGGUGAACGAGUGGAUGUCGGGUGGGAAUCGCGUGCUUUUGAUGCCUCGCAACGAUCGUUUCCGCAAGUACAGGCGGAUCUACAGCUCUGCCUUGAGCGACAAAGCUUCUGCUCACUACGAGAGCAUCCAAUCGCAAGAGGCGAAGGAUGCCAUGCUUCAGCUUGCGCAAUGCACCGACGACAAGCAAUGGCAACACGUCUUGACCCGCUUGACGGCCAGCAUCAUCAUGUCUGUCAUCUACGACAUUCGCGUCGAGGGCCUGCACGAUCCUCGAGUGCAAACGAUGAUCAAACACCUCUUCACCUUCACCGGCUACGUUCUGCCAGGCGCAUCGGUACCCGAUGCCUGGCCCAUCCUCCAAUACGUCCCCAAAAUCAUCAAUCCUUGGAAGAAGAUGGCGGCCGAAUUCCUCAAGAGCGAGAGCGGUAUCGUGACGAAGCUGUUCAGCGAGGUGAAGGUCAGGGUUCAGCAGGGUCGAGCUCGCAGGUGUUUCGUCAGUGAUCUGCAAGAGGAGCAAAAGGCGUUGGGACUCAGCGAUGUCGAGGCUUCCUACUGCUCUGGUGCGCUUUUCGGUGCUGGCACGCAUACUACUGCUUCUGCUCUGUCCGUCCUUGUGCUUGCGAUGCUCAAGUAUCCAGCAGAAUACAAGAAGCUGCAAGCGGAGAUGGACCGCGUAGUCGGCUCAGAUCGGAUGCCCUCGUUCGAAGACGAGUUACCCUUCCUUCAGGCUUGUCUGUACGAAUCUUUUAGAUGGCGGCCCAUCACACCUUGCGGUGCUCCGCACCGUCUCGAGGAUGACAUCGUCUGGGAAGGGAGGGUCCUGCCAAAAGGGUCCGUCGUGUACGCGUGCCAGUACUCCAUCAAUCGAGAUCCAGAGGUGUACAGCGACGUAGACACUUUCAAACCAGACCGCUUUUUAGACAGCACCGGAAAGCUCACGGCAACGCGAGAUGCCAUGCAACUCCUAUUUGGUUGGGGUCGUCGUGCCUGCCCGGGUGAUCACGUCGCUAUGCGCAGCUUGCGAAUCACCUUGGCUAUGCUCGCUUGGUCUUUCGAUAUCACGUCGCCCUUGAAGCCGCAAGACCAGCCAACUGUGAGCCGAUGCGACAGGGGCGUAAUGUACCCGAUUUUGGCUGCUGAUUUCUGCGUCCGUAGUCGUACAAGCGCUUCACCAGCUCUUCGGCGAGCAUGCCUUUCCCUUUCCCAGCGUGAGUAUCCUUGUCCCUCGAUCGAUCUGGUUUGGCUGAGCUGA